GCCAGGCGUCCAUUUUCUUUUUCUUUGUUUCCUCUUUAGACAGAAACCCGCGACUGGCAGGAAUAAUUGAUUCCAGAAUAUAGACAUAUUAACACAUUAAAACAUCUCUAUGUAAAUAUUUCAAAUCGAAUGGUGGUAUUUGUAUACCCUAGUCUGUACAAUGUAAGUGUGUUCCCCCCAAAAACAAUGUUACAUUCGCUUCUGUGGUUUCGAUAAACGGUUAUAACCAUGGAGACAGAGGAGAAUGAAGCAGUCGUGGAUGAAGGAGAGACCUUCUCCAAAGGGAAAGAGCGCAAGACGUACCAAAGGAGGCGCGACGGGGGUCCGGAGGAGGAGACUGACGUCCUGGUGCAGGGCCAACCUGACGGAUCAGAAGAGCAGGUUGCUGGAGAGAUGGUCCAGGACGUCAAUGUCAAUAGCAAUGUGGAUAUGGUGUUGAUGGAGCAGCUGGACCCCACCCUACUCCAGAUGAAGACAGAAGUCCUGGAAACUGAUGUACACCAGGAGGGAGGAGAGACCACAGUGGACGAAACCCAGAUAAUUACGUUGCAGGUGGUCAAUAUGGAGGAGCAGCCCAUCAACCUUGGGGAGCUGCAGUUGGUGCAGGUGCCUGUUCCAGUGUCCGUACCGGUGAGUUCUGCCACUGUGGAGGAGUUCCAGGGCACCUACGAGAACAUGCCCAAAGAAGGGGAUCCAGUGAUCUGCCACACACUGCCAUUGCCCGAGGGCUUCCAGGUGGUCAAGGUGGGUGCCAACGGGGAGGUGGAGACAGUGGAGCAAGAAGAGCUGCACCACCAACAGCAGCAGAUUGAACAACAGCAGCAGCAGCAGCAGCAGCAGUCCCAGCAGAACGAAGACAGCUCAUGGCAGAAGGAUCCCGACUACCAGCCACCCUCCAAGAAGUCCAAGAAAACCAAAAAGAGCAAGCUGCGUUACAACACCGAAGAGGGCAAGGACAUGGACGUGUCUGUUUAUGACUUUGAAGAGGAGCAGCAGGAGGGCCUGCUUUCAGAAGUCAACGCUGAGAAAGUCGUGGGGAACAUGAAGCAGCCCAAGCCGACCAAGAUUAAAAAGAAAGGUGUGAAGAAAACAUUCCAGUGCGAGUUGUGUAGCUACACCUGUCCCCGUCGUUCGAAUCUGGACCGGCACAUGAAGAGCCACACUGAUGAAAGGCCUCACAAAUGUCACCUGUGUGGCAGAGCUUUCAGAACAGUGACGCUGCUAAGAAACCACCUUAACACCCACACAGGAACCAGACCACACAAAUGUCAAGACUGUGACAUGGCCUUUGUGACCAGUGGAGAGCUGGUCAGACAUCGCCGCUACAAACAUACCCAUGAGAAACCGUUCAAGUGCUCUAUGUGUGACUAUGCCAGUGUAGAGGUCAGCAAGUUAAAACGCCACAUCCGCUCCCAUACUGGAGAGCGCCCAUUCCAGUGCAGCUUGUGCAGCUAUGCCAGCAGGGACACCUACAAACUGAAGAGACACAUGAGGACCCAUUCAGGAGAGAAGCCUUACGAAUGUUACAUCUGUCAUGCUCGCUUCACUCAGAGCGGCACUAUGAAGAUGCACAUUCUGCAGAAACACACAGAGAAUGUGGCCAAAUUUCAUUGUCCUCACUGUGACACUGUAAUAGCCAGAAAGAGUGACCUGGGUGUUCAUUUGAGAAAGCAGCACUCGUACAUUGAGCAGGGGAAGAAGUGCCGUUACUGUGAAGCUGUGUUCCAUGAGCGCUAUGCUCUAAUUCAACACCAGAAGUCUCACAAGAAUGAGAAGCGCUUCAAGUGUGAGCUGUGUGACUAUGCUUGUAGACAGGAACGCCACAUGGUGAUGCACAAACGAACCCAUACAGGAGAGAAGCCGUAUGCCUGCAGCAGUUGCGACAAAACCUUCAGGCAGAAACAGCUUUUGGACAUGCACUUCAGGCGUUACCAUGAUCCCAGCUUUGUGCCCACCUCCUUUGUCUGCACCAAAUGUGGUAAAACAUUUACACGCAGGAACACCAUGGCUCGGCAUGCAGAGAACUGCUGUGGACCAGACUCCAUGGAAAGUGAGAACGGAGCCACACCUAAAAAGACCAGGGUUGGAAGGAAGAAGAAAAUGCGCUGCAAGAAAGAUGAUGAUGAUGACGAUGAUGAUAGCGAGGAGCAUGCAGAUCCUGAACUGGAAGACAUUGAGGAGGAGGAUGAGGACGACCUCGCUGAAGCAGAAGCAGAGGCGGAGGCUGAAGCUCAGGCUGAUCUUGUGGAGGUCGAGGAGGAACCACUUGCCCCUCUGCCCACCCCAGCUAAGAGAAAACGAGGCCGACCCCCUGGCAAGGCUAACGCACCAAAACCUGCUCCACCUGCAGCCAUCAUACAGGUUGAAGAUGAGUCUACUGGUACCAUUGAGAACAUCAUAGUGGAGGUGAAGAAGGAACCAGAGGUGCCCCUGGAGGAAAUGGAGAGUGAGGCGGUCCAGCUGCCUGUAGUGGAGGCGGCUCCCAACGGGGAUCUGACCCCGGAGAUGAUUCUCAGUAUGAUGGACCGGUGAUGGGAGAGAAGCAACAUGCUUGUGUUCUGUGUGGUUCUCUGUUCCCCUUUCCACUUUUUUCAUAAUUUUUGUUUUUGUUCAAAAGCAACUUGUUUUUGGUGUUAUGCUUCUGUACUUGCUUUUCUUUAGACCACUUGAGCGCCGUGAAGAUUGCUAAGCAGUGCGCUGGGUUGCUUUUUUAUUUUUUUUAUUUUGAGUGAUAGUGUGGGAGGAGGGCGGUGAAGGGAAGAUAUUAAGACCACAGUUUUUCUGUGAAGCUGGGGGAAGUGGUUGGAUUUUUUCACAGUGCUCAUCCUGAAACUGCAAGAUGCUUUGUACAGUCCUGGUUAUAUCACUGCUGUAGGGGGAAGGUUGUAUUCUUUGUGUUGUCCUUCGUCUCAUUAUUACAAUGUGGGUAUACUCUGCAUCGUUGUGAAUUUGACCCAGUUGAGGUUAUGGAUCUCCUAACAGUUCAAUAAGUGAUUCAGGUUUAAGAUGUCUUAAUCUUGGCAUCACAAUAUUAAAGCCUCUAAGAUUAUGUUGUACAAAGCAUCUCCGCUUAAGGUCUUGUAAAUAAUUUUUCUUUUGUUUUCUACAUUUUAACCUUUUUCUAGCGAUUUUAAGACAUUGUAAAUGCUGGGAGGACAGCAUCUUAACAGUAGCUUUGGACUUCUGCUAAUCUAUAGUGUGUAAAAUGUGCAAAAUUACUAUAAAAUCAUGCAGGUUUUUUUUAUUUGACUUUUGCUUGCAGAUUAAAGGAUUUGGGAUGUUUCAGAGCACACCAACAGACAAUAUUAAUUGGGGUGGGGAAAGAGCUUUUUUAAAUGUACAUUUUAAAAGAUUAUGUUUAGGUCAUCACAAUUUUUUUUUUUUUUUUUUUGUAGCUCUAAACUUGUUCUGUAUCAUUUAUAUAUGAACCGAGAAGCAAGAUUUAAAACCCUGAUCCUCAGAAAUUGAGUUUGUAAUUAACUAGGGGUUGGAUAUGUGCGUUUAUGUGGGGUUUAAAGAAAAGGGGCAAUGUAUAACAUUGAGGAGUGAGAGGGUGCUUGUAUAUGGAAGUUUGUCCCUUGUUAAAAUACGUAAGCUUUUACAUGACAAUUUUGCUGAUUCAGAACGGAAUUUCUUCUGUUCUAUGUAUUGCAUUUAAAUUGCUUUGUUUAGCUCUUCAAGUUCUAGGUUGAUGCAUUUUUGUACUUUUGCUGUACUGUGUGAACUUCUACAGUGGAUGAAAAAAACUGGGGGGGGGGCAAAGAAAGAGGGGCUGGAGAAUGUAUUGCUGUACAGCUAAUAAAAAAAGAAAUUGACCUAA